AUGUCUGAUAUCAACACCACACUCAUAAACUCUGUCAAAAAAAUUGGAAUUAAUAUUGCUAAAUAUACAACAUCCUUUUUGGUAGGUUUUGAACGUGUUGCCAAGUCUGUGAAAAAGUCUCAAUUCACUGAGUAUCCUGACCAGCUUGGAAAACAAGUGCAGCAAGAUGCAAAUGAUUUUUCACUGUCUUCUAAUAAUAUAUCAGAAAGUAAUGGUGGAAAGCCGCCUAUUAUAGUGAAUGUGCUGUCUUCUCUGGCAGAAAUGAGUGUUGAGCCAGCACAUCAGAGAAGGCAAAGAUUGUAG